CCCCUCCCAUUUCCUUCCCUCUGUCCCGUGCUGGAAUUUGCUCCCUCCCUUCCCAUCCUGCAUCCCACAGCCAAGGAAAGGCUUGGAGGCCCCCAAGUGCCUGGGAAGGGGGCCUGCCCCACAUCAAGGACUCCCCAGACCCGGGACCAAGAAAUAUAUCCAUCAUGGGGGUCAGCCAUGGCUGUUUGCUCUGCGUUAAAGUGAAAAUGUUUGUCUUCAAUCUCAUCUUCUGGCUGGGUGGCUGUGGGGUCCUCGGCGUGGGAGUCUGGCUGGCCGUUUCCCAGGGCCGCUUUGCCACCUUAUCGUUCUCCUUCCCAUCGUUGUCAGCCGCUGGCUUCUUCAUGGCAACUGGGGCGAUCAUCAUGGUCGUGGGCUUCCUUGGAUGCUUGGGGGCAGCCACAGAGCACCGCUGCCUCUUGCUCACAUUUUUUGUGGUGCUCUCCACUCUCUUCCUCCUUGAGCUGGUUGGAUUGCUGAUUUUUGUCACUUGUAGAGACAAGUUUGACAAAUAUGCCCAGUCUAACCUAAAGGAAGGUCUUAAGCUGUAUGACACAGAUGACAACUUGGGGUUAACCAAAGCUUGGAACCACGUCCAGAAUGAGUUCCGUUGCUGUGGUGUUCAGAGUUACACGGACUGGUUUGAGGUGCGCAACCAGACGUGGGUCCCUCUGUCCUGCUGCUUACAGCAAAGCGACACUUGCCAAGAGGACAGCACCAGCUGGUGGAAAGAGCCCUGUUAUGAGAAGGUGAAACUCUGGUUAGGAGAGAACAUUUCUGCAAUGGGCAUCUUUGCUGCCUGCAUCAUCGUUGUCCAGGUCUUGGGCAUUGUGUUCUCCAUGCUGAUGUACUGCCAGGUUCGGAGAGCAGAGAAGUACUAUGACUGAACCCCUCUGAGCUACUCCUUGUAGCUCAGGGACAUAAGUAAAGGUUUUUCAUUCGAAGGAGCUACUUUGCUUUCUCCACUCAGCCCCUUUCUUCUCAUCUUUCAAGACGUUCCCUUCCCAUGCUAUUUACAGACAGAAUGUGUUACCUGCUAAGAAGUAUUUUCACCCCAGGAUAGUCCCCCCUCUCCCCUCUAUUACUUUUUUAAAAUUCCCUGUAUCUCUUUUUAACCAUUGAGGCUCCCCUCCCUUUCAAACUUUAUCCUAUAUAGGUCCCCCCCCCCCAAUAUCUUUUAUCAUAAUCUCUCUCUCCUAACUCUGCUGCUUUUGUAUAUAACAGAACUAUACCAAGUACAAAUAAACACCUUAUAAUCACAA